CGCCGCGCGCCCCUGCGCGCACGAACACAGACACGCUGCUAUUUGAUUGAUCACUGACGAGGAGACUGGAGCGUCGCCUCCUGGGGUCCACGCAGGAGGAGGAAAAGCAGGAGGAGGAGGAGGCUCUGUCUUUCUGCUCUGCGCAUCACAUCACAUCUGAUGAAAUAGGACGACGAAACACCGACUCCUGGAGAGACGCCACUGUGCCACGCUCGAUCCUCAUUUCCGUUGCGGGGGUGACCCGUCAGGUGCUCCACGCGCCUCCUCAGGUCCACGUCGGGGGGCCCGAAGGAGAUGCUCUUCCACCUAAGUGAUCUUUUCUUUGUCGUCAGCUGCUUCGUCCUUCUACGACCGCGCUGCCCGAGCCAUUGAUUUGAAUGGGGUUUGUGCCCCUCAGCGCAGAAAAAGAGCCUGGAAAUCGGGAUGCAAAGCCUCGGGUUGAUGUCUCUGAAGGUGUCAGCAAAGACAAACCCCAGAUAGAACCGGAACCGCUGCAACGACCCGCCGUUUCAACAAUGGAAAGACCUUCAACAUGUUGACGCAAAGGAGACAGAUGUUUGAAGACAGAGGGCCUGGAAGUGAAGCCAUGAUCAUCACUGAAAGAAAUAAUGGCACCCCUGUGCCGGAAAAGGGGUCCCAGAAGAAGAAGAAGAAGUCCCGCCCCCACGGUCUGCCAUCUCCGGCGCUCUGCUGUGCUUGUGGACUCUGCAUCAUGCUGGCAGGACUCAACAUCACCUUGGUGGGAGCUUUCGCCUUCACCACACUGGUGCCUUCUGCCAACCCCCCGAUCAUCAUUGGACCCGUCCUGCUGCUCGUGGCCUUCUCCUUUUUUGGCGCCUGCUGCGUGUGCAGCCGUCUCCCUCCGCCCCACAGCUCCCGGGGGUCAAACGUGAACAGCAGGGGCACAGGGUUGAUCGGACGCAGCGGGCUGGCCGGUGGGGCGGCGUUUGAAAUAGAGACCAGCGAGCACACCCUGCAAGACACAACAGCCGUGCAGCUGAGCCCCACAUCGUCUCCUGGAUCAUCCAGAGCCUCCAGCCCUGACAUAGAGGCUCCGGAGGUGGCCCCGCCAGGAACCUGCAAGCCUUUUUCCACUGAGACCAACGGCCCUGCUUGUGUUUCUGCCGCUUUCUCAGCCUCAGGAGCAGGAGAUGGGGAGGUUCGGCUCUGCCUGCCUCGAGAAGAAGUGGUGACCUAAGGUUUCCAAAGCAUUGUGUAUAUUCUUCUAAGACGAGGGCUUGCUGGGAGGGAUUUUGCCCUCUUGUUGAAAUAGUGCCAAGUGUGACAAGUUGUCGAGAGUAAGCUUUUCAUUUUAUUUGCUGUGCCACAGUUUAUUAGCAUGCAAAAUCAAUGACACUUUUUGUGGAUCACAGGUUUUGGAAUUCAAAUUCCUACCUCCUCUGUGCUGGACUGUUGUAAACAUGGGGCAUUAUGAACAAUUUUCAUGUAGAAAUCAAAGCCACAAGCAUUUAUAUCUUCACUGUUUGCGGUACCAUCCUUUGUCGGCAGAGGUUUUUGAAGUCAUAAUUGAAACUGCUGAUAUUUUCUGGAAAGAUGCAAAUGAAAGGUCAGCAGCUGAUUGUGACGGGUGACAUUUAGCAUUCGGAGUGCUGGACUUGUUUUGGGGGCAUGAGAUUUUUAGAGGUCGCAGGGGUCCCAAAGCAAUAUUCUAACACCAGAGAUUAAAUUGUUAUUAUAAGCGUGCGGCGCCAGAGCUGAGCACAUUUGCAGUAUAUUUACAUGUCCGCUGUAUUGGCUGUGUGAUGCAUUCCUGUGCCGUGAUGUAGCGUUCGUCAUUUCAAGAACACUGUGAAAAUUCGUCUCCAAAGGCUCCUGAUGUUGGCACUUUAAUUGAAGGUCGCUGCAGCUCAAACCACAGUUUUCACAUCCAUCCUUUGUUUUUCUAAACAUUACAAUGGAGUUUAAGCCACAAUGACUCUUGGUGGUGUUGACUUUAUGGAGGAAUUAGAUCCAGACGGAACGUGUUUUAUAAAUGUUAGCACAAAAACACCGCAGUAGACUUUUACCUCAGCUGGAUCUUGUGUGUGUUUUCUUUUUUUUUUUUCCUUUUUAAAGCCAGUCACUGGGUUUUCAGAUGGCAGAAGAACCAGCUCCCCCGUCACUGUGAUGUCCUCUUGUCAGUCAUGAGCCUGGCUGAUCAUCAGAGACAUUCAGGCACUGAUCUCCUUGGAAAGAAAAGUUGCCUUAGACCGAAACAAUCAGGAUCAAUCUAAUGAGGGCUAUAUCAAAGUGCAGAACAGCAGUUUGUCUUCUGAAAGCCUCCAGAUUUAAAAAAAAAAAAGCCUCAAGUUUUGAUUUCUUUUUCGGUGAGUUGUACUUCUGCAUGCAUGUUCUAAAUGUUUAAUCUUAAAACGAGCAGGAGGUUGGGACAGAGUAACGACAUGCAUACUGCCAAACUCUUUUAAAUGAUGAAAAUGUCCCAGAAGAAGACAGGUUUUCGCUGGGGAGCUGUCCUUUGCACCAACUAAAAGACUUAUGUUGCAUGUUUAAAAAAAAAAAAAAAAAAAAGACUCCUGAAAAUGCAAACUCUUUGUGGUGAACUGUUAGUGUUUUCUGUGUCUUCUUGUGUGUAGCACUUGCAAAGGAUCUGGGAAAAUAUUUUUGUCAAAAUGAUGAUUGAAAGUGGCUCGUCCAAAUGCUGAAAAGACAUGAAACGUGACAAAAAGUAAUGAUAAUAAAAGCUUUUUUCAGGAAAACA